AUGAAUUGUCCUAUCUGCCAUAAUAGUGGAAGGCCCAUAUACUGUAGUCAUUGCAUGAAUACAAGUCCAAAUCUGCUGGUCAGACUAAGAAUCGACCUGUUCCUUCUUAGAGAUAUGAACUCAAAGCUCAAGAAUCAGGUAGAAAGAAUAUUAGAGUAUGGUUUGAAACGUGUAGAGCAACAAGGCAGGUCGGAAAGUCGAAAAAGUCCUUCAGAACAAUCAAAAAACAGUGAAGGGGGAGUUCUAGGCAAAAGGUUGUUGAAGUUAGACUUACUACGUCUGAGAAAGAAGAACAAUAGGUUAAGAUACAGAAUAUCGCAGGAACAAAGCCGAAUUACCGACAAGAAACGAACAAAAGAGCAGAUCCAAGAACAGCUGCAGCUGUCUUCAGGACAGAAAGCUCGUCAAGACAACAAUGAGGCAUUCAGUGAGUAUGAGAGCAUUAUUGAAGAGACAAAGCUGCAAAUUGCGCAAGUUCAAAAAAUUGUUACAGGGAUGCAGACCUUAAAGCUAAAGAAUCUUAUAGAAUGGUUCGUCGUCCGAAAACGAGAUUCGUAUGAGUUUCCUUAUUCACUUGCAUUUCAGCCGUUGGUGUCCCUCAAAAAUUUCUACAAGCUUCCCACGAUAGUAGCAUGGAAUUCCAUAUCAAAGAUGUCGCAGUAUAUUGUCCUUGUCGCAAAAAUACUGCAAUUUGCACUACCUUUCAAGUUAGGCGAUCCAUCACCAAACUUUCUUGUGGACUUCGAUGACCAUGAGGAGCCAACCAUCAAUGAUAACGGUAUAGCCGAGUACAUUGCUAAGCUGGUGAUAAACCUUUUACAACUUUCAAGACAUCUCAACCUAUUAUCUCAAGAGCCACUGGAUCUCGUCUGGCUACUUGACCAGUAUGAUUUAGACACUCUUUUUUAUAAUCUUAUUUCAAAUCAAAUAAUGAAGGCUCGACCCAUAUCGCAUCACUGGACCUACGACAGAGUAUUAGCCAUUGUCUCGGAAGCAUUGCAGCUGUCUAUUUAUGCUUCCUCCCCUGCAUCCCGCCCCACACUGAGUGGCACAAUGGCUAACAACACUGAUAAAUGGUAUCUUGUUGGCUAG